GAAGACUCGCUGUGGAGACGGACUCGAUGAGGAGUGACGUCACCCCGCUGAGCGUAAUCCGCCGAAUUAAAGCGGCGUCAUCGACUCAGCUCGGAAGGGAAAGAGUUAACAGUGCACAGACGCGCGUGCUCGGGGGUGUAGCGGGGGCGCGGCUGGCCGAGGACGCGCAGACGAAGCAGAUCAGACGGCAGGUCGACUGAACCGCACCAAGUACCGGACGGUGAUCGAGCCGCUCCAGUGGACUAACGAACUCAGGUGACGGGACGGUCCUCAUUCCGAAGGUCGGCGGCUGUGUCCACCAUGUCGGGGAGCCGGGAGGAGGAGCGGAGGAAGCUGGCGGACAUCAUCAACCACUGGAACGCCAACAGGCUCGACCUGUUCGAGAUCAGCCGGCCCACGGAGGAUUUGGAGUUCCAUGGUGUGAUGCGCUUCUACUUCCAAGACCGGGUCGCCGGUAACUUCGCCACCAAGUGCAUCAGAGUGUCCAGCACGGCCACCACGCAGGACGUCAUUGAGACGUUAGCUGAGAAGUUCAGACCCGACAUGCGGAUGCUGUCGUCGCCCAAGUACUCGCUGUACGAGGUCCAUGUCAGCGGCGAAGAGCGCCAGCUGGACCUGGAUGAGAAGCCUUUGGUGGUGCAGCUCAACUGGAACAAAGACGACAGAGAGGGACGGUUCGUCCUGAAGAACGAGAACGACAUCCUGCCCAAGAAGAGUCAGAGUAACGGGCCAGAGAAGGAGAAGGACGGAGUGAUCCAGAACUUCAAGAGGACAUUAUCCAAGAAGGAGAAGAAGAAGGAGAAAAAGAGGGAGAAGGAGUUUGCACGGAUCUCAGAUGGAGAUGAUCAGAUAUUGAGUCGCGAGGAUGGGGAAAACAGCCGCUUGGCAGCCGAGGUGUACAAGGACAUGCCAGAGACCAGCUUCACCCGGACCAUCUCCAACCCCGAGGUGGUGAUGAAGAGGAGGCGGCAGCAGAAGCUGGAGAAGCGCAUGCAGGAGUUCAUGAGCAGCGACGGGAGGCCUGACUCAGGGGGAACUUUGAGAAUACACGCCGACAGCCUGAAGCCCAACAUCCCCUACAAGACCAUCCUGCUCUCCACCCGCGACACGGCUGAUGUUGCCGUUGUGGAAGCUCUGGAGAAGUAUGGACUGGAGAAGGAGAACCCCAGAGAAUACUGCAUUGCUCGGGACGACAAGUCUGGGAAGGAGGUGAUCCUGGACGAUGGCGAGUGUCCACUGCAGAUCUUCAGAGACUGGCCUGCAGACAGAGGAGCGCUCGUGUUCCAGCUGAAGAAGAGACCACCAGACUACCAGGGCAGGAAGGGGAGGAAGGUGGAGGACAAGGGUCUGCGCGGGAAGGACGGCAGCAACUCUCUGCCUCCUGAGAAGCUGCCUUACUUAGUGGAGUUAAGCCCAGCGAGAGGGAAUCACUAUGCCUACUACUCCUAUCGGCACCAUGAAGAUGGAUCCGACUCCCGAGACAAGCCAAAGCUCUACCGCCUUCAGCACAGCAUCACCGAGGUGGGCUCAGAUUGCACCGAUGACGGAGCCAUUCAGCUGCUUGGCCCUGGAAUCCUCCCGCACCACUGCAACCUGACGCACAGCGAGGGAAUGGUGACGGUGACGCCCCACGGCCCGGACGCCGACACCUUCGUAGACGGGCAGCGCAUCACCGAAACAACCAUGCUGCGUUCAGGCUCCACCCUUCAGUUCGGCUCCGCCCACGUCUUCAAGUUUGUGGACCCGUUGUUCGACCAUGGAGGCAAGCGAGAGCCAGCGGCCAUGAUGAGAAACCGCCACAAGUCCGGAAGUGUUCCCGAAACCACGUUUGAUCUGCACGGAGACGUCCACACCGGAGCUGCCCUGCCCACCAGCAAGAGCUCAGGAAAGCUGGAGAUGGAGCGCGGGAUGGUCAAACCCAUGAUCAGAGGAGAGAUGCAGGACAGCAGGUCUCAAGACAGUCUGUCAGAGCGGAGCGAGUCGACUCUGCCGGCCAGCAUCGAGUUCAGAGAGAACUCGGAAGACACCUUCCUCUCCGCCAUCAUCAACUACACCAACAGCUCCACGGUGCACUUCAAGCUCUCGCCCACGUACGUGCUGUACAUGGCUUGCCGCUACGUCCUGUCGCCGGUCUACCGGCCGGACAUGUCGCCCUCGGAGCGCACGCACAAAGUCAUCGCCAUCGUCAACAAGAUGGUGAGCAUGAUGGAAGGAGUCAUCCAGGAGAUUCCUGAAGGGGAUCAGAAGCAGAAGAACAUCGCCGGCGCGCUGGCGUUCUGGAUGGCCAACGCCUCCGAGCUGCUCAACUUUAUCAAGCAGGACAGAGACUUGAGCCGCAUCACGCUGGACGCCCAGGACAUCCUCGCUCACCUGGUCCAGAUGGCUUUCAAGUACCUGGUCCACUGCCUUCAGGCUGACCUCAACAACUACAUGGCAGCCUUCCUGGACGACCCAGAGGAGCAUAAUCCUCAAAGACCCAAGAUCGAGGACGUCCUGCACACACUGACCGGCGCCAUGUCGCUGCUGCGGCGCUGCAGAGUCAAUGCCGCGCUGACCAUCCAGCUGUUCUCACAGCUCUUCCACUUCAUCAACAUGUGGCUCUUCAACAAACUGGUGACCGACACAGACUCGGGCCUCUGCUGCCACUACUGGGGCGCCAUCCUCCGCCAGCAGCUCAGUCACAUCGAGGCCUGGGCGGAGAAGCAGGGUCUGGAGCUGGCUGCCGACUGCCACCUCAGCAGAAUCGUUCAGGCCACCACACUGCUGACCAUGGACAAGUACUCCAUGCAGGACGUGCAGAACAUCCACAACACCUGCUUCAAGCUCAACUCGCUGCAGCUGCACGCGCUCAUGAACAACUACCACUGCGCCCCGGACGAGCCCUACAUCCCCCCUGAGCUGAUCGAUCACGUGGUGGCGGUGGCUGAAAACACGGCCGACGAGCUGGCGAGAAGCGACGGAAGAGAAGUGCAGCUGGAGGAGGAUCCUGAUCUUCAGCUGCCCUUCCUUCUGCCCGAGGACGGCUACUCGUGCGAUGUGGUGCGCAGCCUUCCCAACGGUCUGCAGGACUUCCUGGACCCGCUGCUGCAGAGAGGAUUCUGCCGGCUGACGCCACACCCGCGCUCACCCGGGACUUGGACCGUCCACUUCGAAGGAGCCGACUGCGACAACCACUUCUCUGCUGCCGACAACGUCGAGAUGCCAAUGAGGAAGGAGCCAGAGGUCGUCACGGUGACGCUCAAGAAGCACAAUGGCAUGGGCCUCAGCAUCGUGGCUGCCAAGGGUGCUGGACAGGAGAAGCUGGGCAUCUACAUCAAGUCGGUGGUGAAAGGAGGAGCCGCCGACAUGGACGGACGGUUGGCUGCCGGCGACCAGUUGCUGAGCGUGGACGGGCGCAGCCUGGUGGGCCUGUCCCAGGAGAGGGCGGCCGAGCUGAUGACCAGGACCGGCUCGGUGGUGACGCUAGAGGUGGCCAAGCAGGGAGCCAUCUACCACGGACUGGCCACGCUCCUGAACCAGCCCAGCCCCAUGAUGCCCCGAGCUGCCGAGCGAGGUCGAGACAAGAACGGGAAGAUGCGACCAAAGAGCGAGGGCUUCGAGCUCUACAACAACUCUGUGCAGAACGGCUCGCCAGAGAGUCCGCAGGCCGGCUGGGACUCGUAUCCGGAACCAAAGAAGAUGAGCGGCGAGGAGCGGCUGCUGAAGAACCGGGCCGACCACCGCUCCAGUCCCAACGUGGCCAAUCAGGGUCAGAGUCCUGCAGGCAAGCCCGUCUACCCGGGAGGUCCGGGGACCAAGAUCACCUCUGUGUCCACUGGAAACCUGUGUGCUGACGAGGAGCCGUCCCCUCCGCGGCCCGAGGCCUACCCCAUCCCCACCCAGACCUACCCCCGAGAGUACUUCACAGUCCCGGCCUCCAAAAGCCAGGACCGGGUGGUGGGUCCCGCCGCCGGGCCCGGCCAGCACUGGCAGGGCAUGGAGGAGCGAGAGCGACUCCCGGUGGUGGACACCUUGCACAACAGCAUGCAGCGGGUCAGCCACUCGCAGGAGGACCAGCUGUACCCGCUCCCCGGCGCCCUGAGGCCGGACGACAGGAUGCAGCCGCACUACCAGCACCGAGACCUGGACUACCAGAGAGGGCCACCUGCCGGUCCGGACCACUGGGCGCCGCAGCCGCAGGUCUCCUCCUCCCUGGAGUCGUCCACGUCCAGUCAGGAGCACCUCAACUUCUCUGCCUCGUCCUCGUCCUCAAACAAGGCGUCCAAUCAGAAGACGGGGCCGGGCCGGUGGAAGACGCCCAACACGCCUCACGCCGUGCAGCCGCACCUGGCCCAGCAGCCCUCCCGCUCGGACCUCCCCCCGCCCCCGCCGCCGCCGCCGCCCGCUCCCUACCCGGAGGCCUACGACCACUACGACCCGCAGACGGAGCUGCCGCCGCCUCCGCCGCCCAGCGCCGUCAACCCCGUGGCCGCCCAGCAGGCGGCAGACCGCAAGAAGCGAGAGGAGCAGCAGCGCUGGUAUGAGAAGGAGAAGGCUCGCCUGGAGGAGGAGAGAGAGAGAAAGAGGAGAGAGCAGGAGAGGAAGCUGGGUCAGAUCCGGGCCAACCCCGUCAUGCCCGUCCAGCCUCACAACAAUGGCGCAGUGAUGCAGCCUCCUCCUCCUCCUCACCACCAGCCUCCCAUGGCCCCGCCCCAGCCCUAUCUCCCGCUUCAGCCUCAGCCCCCUCCAUCCAGACCCGAGAAGCUGUCCAGUCUUCCCAGGACGGCGCUCCCUCCCCCGCACGGCGGCGCCAACCCUCCAGGUAUGGACACGGUGAUCCGGGAGCUCCUCCCCCAGCAGCAGCCCCGCACCAUCGAGCGGAGAGACCUGCAGUACUUCACCAUCAGCAAGGAGGAGCUCUCGGCCAGCGACAGUCUCUCUCCUGACCCCUGGAAGAGAGACGCCCGCGAGAAGGCGGAGAAGCAGCAGCAGCUUCACAUUGUGGACCUUCUGGACAAGGAGAUCCAGGAGCUGCAGGCCAAACCUGAGCGCACGGCGGAGGAGAGCGACCGGCUGAGGAAGCUGAUGCUGGAGUGGCAGUUCCAGAAGCGGCUGCAGGAGUCCAAGCAGAGCGACGAAGACGAGGAGGAGGAGGACGACGAGGACGUGGACACCAUGCUGAUCAUGCAGAGACUGGAGGCCGAGAAGAGAGCUCGGCAGCAGCAGCAGACUGCUGUCCCAGCUAUCUCUGUUCUAGACUUGCUGCAGGACGAGGAGCGGCGGAGGAAGCAGCAGCUGGAGGAAAUCAGGAAACGUGAGGCGGAAGAGCGAGUGAAGCAGGAGGAGGAGAGGAGGUGGAGGGAGGAGGAGCGAGCCAAGAGGGAGGCCGAGGAGAAGAGGAGACAGGAGGAGGAGUACUACGCCCGCCUGGAGGCGGAGCGGCGCCGGCAGCACGAGGAGGCGGAGAGAAAGCUGCUGACGCCGGACGAGCCGGCCGGUCUGUAUCGGCCCCCGCUCCCGCGGGACUACCAGCCCCCACACACCCCUACUAACACGCCCCCGCCACCCCCCCAGAGAAACACCUCCUACCUCAAAACCCAAGUCGCCUCCCCCGACACGCUCUACACCGCCAAGUUCGUCUCCUACGCGGGCGACGACGAUGACGAGGAGGAAGCCACCAGAGCGGCGAGCGGCGGCGGCGGCCAGUCAGGUCAGGUCAAGCUGUCAGCCACCCGGAAGUCGUACGGCGACCUCUCGGCCAAUCGCAGCAAGCCUCAGCCGCCGCCCACUGCUCGCAAGCCCCGCCCUCUUUCCGACGGCAUCUUCCUGUCGGGCUCCUUCCAGACGCCGGUCCACAACUCCAACAGUACAGGGCCCCCCCCUCCUGCCCGGGCCAGCGCCGGCGCCCCCGCAGGCUUGACAGGAUUUAACUCGUACACUGGAAACUCUGCAGGACUUGUAGGAUCCGGAGACGUCCUCAAGGAGCCGCGGGACAAGUGGAGCAAGAGUCAGGAGCAGGAGAACUCGGUCCCCGGCGGCGCUCCGGAGAGUCUGACCUUCAAGGAGCGCCAGCGUCUCUUCUCCCAGGGGAAGGAGGUGUCCAACAAGGUGAAGGCCUCCAGGAAGCUGAUGGAGCUGGAGAACGAGCUCAACACUAAGCAGUAGACCCAGGCCCGGGGGCGGAGCUUGCUUUGACGUUCUUCCACCUUCACGCGGGUUCAACACUGUGGGAGGUUCAGACGGUCACGUUUGCUUUUACACUUUUUUUUUUUUUCCCCACCUUUUAACCUGAUCCAGACGUAGUUUGGACCGAGUCCAGCUCGGACCUUUUUAAUGACAAAACUGAGUUGUGUUCCUUUAAAUGACACUCGUGUUGCUUUUACACGUCCCAUCUUAAGCGGCUCUUUUUAAGCGUUGUGUUUUAUCCCGACCUCACCUGCCUGCUCGCUGUACAUACGGCUCCAGACUACUACUGUAGAACGCCACGGGCUCUUAUUCUGGGGACAGGAAGUCGCUCCUUCCUCUCCAGUGACGUGACCUUCCUGCCGCUCCCUCUGACCUCCGUGUGCGUGCGUGUGUGUGUGUGUGAGAGAGUGACACCACUGCAGCGGGCCCCGCCCCUCCAGGAACCGUUCAGACCCUUCUAGGUUGCAAUGAAUCUCAGUCAUAUAAGCGGUUUCAUCUUUUUGUAAAUCAUUAAUAAAGACAGAUUUUUCAGCAUCAGAGCUUCUGUCUUCCACCAGUGGAACAUGCAUCAGAACCCUCGCCCUCACAAAACAAUGCGGUGAGACCCAGUGGCCGACCCAGCGGCGACAGUGACUCCUCCUCAGACAGCAGAGCGAGGCGCCUCUUCCUCCUGCUCUGACUCGUCCUGAGGCGCCGGCUCCUCUGGUUGGUCGGCGGGAGGAAGCGUUCUGGAAGGAAGAGCAGAGUGAGUUGGCGGUUGGGACCCGUGAGAGCAGAACCUGACCUCAGCUGCAGCAGCGGGUCCGUGUGCCGGGCAUGGCCGGCCAGCACCAGCUGCCGGGCCACCUGGACUCCACCCACCACGGCGUCCACCAUCAGGCGCUGAGCCUCUGACGCCAACUCUCUGGCGAGGAACUGAAGGUCCGGGCCCCUCACGAGCCGCUGAAACAGCGCGAGCGCGUCCUCUGACCAGGCGGCGCCCGGACCCGCGGGCCGGACCCCCCUCAGCGUGCAGGGGUAUGUGGCUCGGGGAAGGUCCAGCAGCCCGGUGGGGAGCCGCCGCAGCCGCUGGAGGUGGAGGCACGGCAGACGUUCACGGUGACCGUAGUCCAGCAGGUCCAGCAGCAGGUGGUCCUGACCCACAUGGACGAUCUGAGCCCGGCACCACUUCCCCUUGGAGUCGGACUCAAACAUGCAGCAGGCGCCGGGCCGGACCUGGGCUUCAGGAAGCGGCGGGGAGUCUCCGCAGAAGCCGUGGGUGGCAGAGGAGACUGUGGCCAGCAGCGGGAGCGAAGCCUCAGGCAGCAGGGAGAAGUCCGAGGGCGAGUGGCAGGCGGAGACCGCCGCCCUCAGCGGCGCGUCCACAGCAACCGGCGGCAGGCUCAGACGCUGUGGCCCACCGUCUGCAGGGGGAGCGUCGCUGGAGACCAUCUCCACCAACCAGAGCUGCUCAGCUUCAGAGUAACGGACAAACUUCAGGUGCACCUCCUGCCCCAGGACUCGCGAGAGCGCUCUGCAGCGCCCCCCGAGGGCGCCGCGCCUGCACGGCAGCGCCAGGUUUGGCACCUCCACGAGAGGGCUCCCCUGCGCCCGCAGGGAUCCACUGGGAGUUUCCACGGUGACGCCCUGGUCCUGCAGCAGCACUCGACACACCUGCUCACCGACCUGAAGAACCUGGCCUCUCCUCCAGAGGUGGCCCACUUCCACCAAGCACUUGGCUCCCACCUGCACCUCCUGCAGUGCUUCACAGGUGAAGAUGCGCUCAGCGAUGUAGCUUUCCAGAUGAGCUGCCCAGUCGUUGGAGCGGUUCAGUCUGAAGAAGAACUUGCUGUUCUCCAAGAUGGAGAGCACCACGCCGCUCUCGGUGUCUCCAGCCUGCACAUCCCAGCUGACCACAGAAGCCUCCACUGCAGCCGGUUCAGCCGCCAAGUAUUGAGCAUGUGAACAGGCCUCGGCCUCUGUGUCAGCAGGCAUCGAGAAGACCUUCUCCACCGUGGAGACGUCUUCCGUCUCGACAUCCUGCACCUCCUCCACCGUGGCCUCCACCUCCUCCACUGUGGCCUUGAUCUCCUCCACCUUCUCGGCCUCCACCUC